GAGGAAACUGUGGCUCAGUUUUAGACGUUGUGCUUCCGGAUGUCGCAGAGUUGACACAAAGCCAUGGCAGCGGUUGUUCUGCUUCUUCUCCUCCCUGCACUGGUGGAUUCAAUUGAAGGUUCUGAACUUCGGUUUGUGAAAUCUGGAUCGAACCUCCUACUGGAAGCAAAGACAGAUGAUAUUGUCAAUGAUGACAUUUUUUUUUGGAAAUUUAAUAACAGUGAUGUACUUGUAACAUUUAUUCCUCCCAGAGAGCCUAAAAUCAAAUAUACAGAAAGAACUGAUUUUUUUCAACAAAACUACUCUUUGCUAUUGAGAAAUGUGCAACACAACAACACUGGAAACUAUAAGGCAACAGCAACAGGAAACAUAGAAAAAACUGUAGGUGAAUACACAGUUAUAGUCCAAGAUCCAGUGUCUCCAGUGAAUCUAACAGUGACCUGCAUUGAUCGACGCUUCAAUAACUUCACGGCAACGUGUAGAACAGCGGAUUCUCAAAUUAAUGGAACUUUUCAAUGCAACAACAUAACCUGCCGUUUACUGAACCAAACACACCUGAAGGACUCAUCUCUGAAGAUCUAUCUAGAGGAAAGCUUGAUAACCUGUAACCAUAGUAACAACGUGAGCCAGGAAAAGAGUGUAAAGAAUGUUUCAUCUCUCUGUGAAAAUCUGCCAGUCACCAGCACAGCCACCAUAGUUGGAGGGUCAGUUGGAGCAUUUGUGCUGCUAGUGUCAUCUAUUAUAUGCUUUGUGGUCAUAAAGUGUAAAAGAAAGAGGAGCGCAAAUACAGUGUAUGAAGUUCCUCAGGAACCUCCACAGCAUAACCCAUAUGCAAACCCUACAGAAAUGACUGAAUGUCCUUCCCCAACAUCAACCUAUGCCCUGGUGCAGUUCUCCAAUCCUCCUGUGCAGCUCAACGAAACCAGAACCUCCACAACCCCGCAGCCUGAAACUAUUUAUGCUCAAGUUGACAGAGCUGCCAAGUCCAAAUCAAAUCCUGCUGCUGCCAACAGAUGACAGAGAAAGAAAAUCAAAAUGGACAAUGUAUAUAACUGUUUUAAUUGUGCCAAAAAUGAUCAUAAACUGCCGUAUAAUUCCAAAAUACACUCGCUUGAACUUUUGGUAUUUUAUUUUUCAGUUUGUGAAAAUUAAAAUUUUUUGCUAUUUUUUGCACAUUUUUGUAUUCUAUACUUAUUGCUGCUACAGGUUCUGUUUCUUGUUGAGGUGCUUAAAAGUAAAACAUAUUUUAAUUAAAUAAUCGGUUUUAGGAAUAAAAUGUUAUUACUGAAUUUUGUGUUAACUUAGAAAAAGCCACACAAGAGACAUUCAAAGACAAGAGUAGAAUGUUUGUGCAUUUUCACAAUUUCUGCUUUAAACAACAUCCUCAUGUUUCUCUGGAAAUAAGUGAAUGAUCUGAAAAUAUAAAUAAUAUUCUUAAAAUUUCUGAGUUAUAAAGCAGCAGGAUUUACCUAGGAGGUAAAACUCUAUUAAUAUCAAAAUAUUUUCUUUCGUUUAGUUCUUGAUCUUCUCAAUCGUGUCUGUGCUGCAGUUGCAUGAAUCACCACAAGAGGGAGAGCAACCAGGUCAGAUAGAUAUGAAAUGUCUAACCGUUAAUUGAACCUCUGGAAAAUAUGUGUAAAAGGCUUAAAGAUCUUCCAGGGAUAUUGUGCUUUGAAGACCAGUUGAGCCUAUGAGAAACUGCUUGCAAGCGGAAAUGUCAAAGCCUCUACAACAGGGAAAGCAGGUUGCUUUUAAUUGAGAAUAUAUGGAACCGAUAAAGGGAACAAAAGAAACAUUGUGUCUUGUUAAGAUGUGGUGAAUGUUUGAUAAGUAUUUGGUUGAGAAAUUAUACCAGUGUUACUUCAGAAUUUGGUUAAAACAUUAGACAUUAAGGAUAUAAAAGAUUUAAGAACAAACUUACUGAGAUCAAGACAAAUCUAAAAUCUUUAAAGAAAGAAUUGCUUUCUGGAAGAAUAAAUGUGUUUUUCU